AUGUCCGAUGCGACAUUCUACAAAACUUAUUCAUCUCUAUCAAAUAUUCCAGCUGCUUGUAUAAUAACUCGUGCAAAACUGUUCUAUCGAUUAAGUAUGCUUAUUGAAAAAGUUGUACCACUACUCAAUUUUACUUUAUCACCGGGACAGAGUAUUCUGACAGAUAAAUUUCGAGCACAUAAAACUUAUUUAUUACACUCAACAAAGCUUCAAUGGUUUCAGAAAUCUCUACAGAAAACUAGUGCAAAAUCGUUACAAGAUAUUCCUUCAGUUAACUUUGAUACGGUGAAAGCAAGUAAUGUUGAUGAUAAGGACGAAGCUACUAUGUUUCAUCAAGCUUAUGAUCAAUUACAUCAAAAUGCUCAAGUAUUAUUUCGAAGACAGGAGGAACAACUUUGGUUAGCACAAUACAUUGGAAUGCAUAGUACCGAUCAAGGUGGACCCUAUCGAGAUUCAAUAACGCGUAUCUGUUCAGACAUAUGUAGUAAACGAUUAUCAUUGUUUAUUUUAUGUCCAAAUGGACGAACACAAAGUGGUUUGAAUCGUGAUUGUUGGAUUCCAAAUGUAUUUCCACCGAAUAAAUCAAUUCCAACUAAAGUAAAAAAUCAUUAUCGAUUCAUUGGACAAUUGAUGGGUAUGGCAAUACGUAGAAAACAUUACUUGGAUUUAAAAUUUCCCAUUCUACUUUGGAAACAAUUAGUAGGAGAACAAAUAACGAUGGAAGAUAUUGAAGCGAUUGAUAUGCAAAGUUUUACAAUUAUAAAUGAAAUGGAAAAGAUAAUAAAACGAAAUCAAUCGAUAGAUACCGAUAGUGACAUUAAUUAUUUGUUUAGUAGUAUUAUGAGUGAACUACGUUUUGAUAUUGUUAGUUCUGCUGGACAAACUUAUGAACUUAUUCCUGGUGGUGCAGAAAUUCCAAUUACGUCUGAUAAUUUAAAACAAUAUUGUGCAUAUUAUUGUGCAUAUCGUCUAAAUGAAUUUCAUCGACAGAUUGAAUUUAUUCGUCAAGGCUUGUAUAACAUUGUACCAAGCUAUUAUUUAAGUUUGUUUACAGCUAGUAGUCUUGAAGAAGCCGUAUGUGGAAAAGGACAAAUGGAUAUUGAAUUAUUAAAACGGAAUACGAAUUAUAAGAAUGCUAGUGAAGAUUCACCACAUAUUCAACGAUUUUGGAAAGUUCUAAGUGAAUUAUUUGAUGACGAUCAGAGAAAGUUGUUUUUGAUAUUUGUUUGGGGAAGAAGUAUAUUACCGAGUAGAGAUGAAGAAUUUACGUCGAGAUUCACUAUUAAUCCAUAUUAUAUAAGCAAUGGUGAGGUGGAUAAAGUGCUUCCGCGUUCACAUACAUGUUUUUUCACCAUCGAUUUACCUGCAUAUUCGACAAUUGAAAUUAUGUACGAACGUUUGAACUACGCUAUUAACCAUUGUUCAAGCAUCGAUGGUGAUGGCAAUAUGAUAGAAGUUAUUGAUCCAAACGAUUUUGCUACUGAUUACAGUUCAGAAGACUAA